AUGUCGAACACGAAAACUCAGGUGCGAUCGCGCCCGCCCGCGCUGUGGACGUCUUACACUCUUAUUCUUAUAGAGCAACUUGAGCGACUGGCAAAGACCGGAGACAACCCUUCUGCCUCUGAAAAUGACGAAAGUCCGCCUCAGCAAAUUGCCGGCGAGAGUGCCGAUUGCUUGACGAGAGAUUUGCCGUAUGCGACGACAUCUACCAGCGGUACUCCAGAUCAAAAUCAACCCCCACUAAACGACAAGACGUCUUUCACAGAUUUACUCUCCCUCGGGCUUUUUGAGCAAUCACCGUCUCAAGACGUCAUUGAGUUUCUAACGAGGACCUACUUUGAAAAAUGGCAAUACGCUGCGCCAAUGCUGCACCCAACUCGGUAUACCAUGUCAUUGUACUUGCCGCCUCAUAUGCAGCCUCCAAUGUGCCUACAAUACAUCGUCAUGGCCUCCGGCGCAGAAGUAACCAAGACUCACAGGCAGCUCGCCAUGCCGUUCUACCAUCGCGCAAAGGCAUAUGUAGAAGCCGAUGAAAUGAGAGGUGAUGGACAGUUCUUUGCUACUGUAGCACAUGCUCAGUGCUGGACACUGAUCGCCAACUUUGAAGCCCAGCAACUCUACUUUGCGCAGGCUUCAAUGAGUCUUUGUCGAGCCAUUAGGAUCGGUCAGAUGCUCGGCCUUCACCGGGUUGACGGGGAAGGCGUCGAUGCGAUGUCUUUGCUUCCACCUCCACAGGACUGGUCUGAGGCAGAGGAGAGGCGGAGGACAUGGUGGGUAAUUUACUGCUCGGAUCGGUUGGUUAGCGGUAGCACGGGCUGGCCGGUAAUGAUCAACCAGCAAGAUAUUACUACACAUCUCCCUGCGUCAGAAACGGCAUUUGAAACAGGCGUCGAGGAGCAGACGAGCCCUCUGACGAGCAUUCUCCUACAAGAAGGCCGCGACUUCUCCGCCUUUGCAGGACGGGUCCUGGCCGCGGCAUGCUUCUUCCAAGCCUUUCAGCACUCGACACGGACAUUACCAGACGAUGGCCUCACCGACCCACGUACAAGUCGGAACUGGAAACGCCACCGUGAGAUCGACAACGACCUAGUAGGUCUCCUUGCCGCCCUCCCGGACGACCUGACGCUCCCCCGGAAUAUCCAAAGCCGCAACGCCACCUUUGUCAACGCCAUCAUCCACACGUCGGUCAUUUUGCUACAUAGAGCAGCUCUCGCCAGGAUAGAGUCGUCCGGACUGCCGGAGCACAUGGCGAAGCAGAGCCAGGCGAGAUUGAUUUGCGCCGCCGAAGAGAUUCUGAACAUCAUCCGAAUGAUGCCUGAUAUCACGCAGACGCUCAAGAAUCCCAUGAUGACCUUCUCCAUAUACACAGCCUCUCUCGUGUUCCUCGAAAACUGGGAUACGUCCGCCCAAGACUAUCGACGGCAGGAUAACCUUGAUUUUAUCCUUCGCAUCAUCAUACUAGCCGCCAAGGCGUGGAAUAAUCCCGUCACGAAGUCUACAGCAGUUCAGCUCGCGGUGGAUAUGCGACAGCGAGGUCUCGAAUCCGAGGUAGUUGACAAGGCAACUGAAUUGUCACCAGGCCUUGAUAUGGAACCUAUCAUGGCAAAGGGGUUGUCUUCAUCCUCCAACUUUGUGUACCAGGUCAAGACCGCGGACGAUGCAGCACACUAA